AUGGUUGUGCAUAAAGAAAUUGUUGGCAAGGAUGAUCGUGCGAUUGCUGAUGCUUUUAAGGUGAUGGCUCAUGUGAUGGCGCAAGCGAAUAAAGUGUUACGUGCUAAUCAUAAUUGUGGAGCUGGUGAGUUCCGUGGGCUGGGAAAGUUCAAGAAGAACAAUCUGCCUACUUUAAAGGGAAGGUACAAUCCUGAAGGUGUUGGGGCUACGCUUCAGGAGAAUGAGAAGAUUUUCAGAGUUAUAACAUGCACUAAUGCAUAUAAGGUUCAAAUUGAUGUUCUUAGCCAUAAAGAGAUAGAGUUAUUAGAACGGAAGCAUGGGAAUAUGAUUGUGGAUGACUAUGUAGCUAAGUUUGAGGAGCAAUCAAGAUUUUGUCCUCAUUAUAAUAUUGUGGAAGCUGAGGGUUCUAAGUGUGUGAUGUUUGAGAGUGGCUUAUGUCCUGAGAUCAAGCAGUUCAUAGGCUAUCAGGAGAUCCUCCGUUUCUCAAUGUUGGUGAACAAAUGUAGAAUUUAUGAUGAGGAUAGUAAAGCCAGGUAUGCUCACUACAAGAGUGUUGCAGGUGGGAGUGGAACGAGUGGGGAAGGAGUUUCUGCUUCUAUGAUAUGUUUCAAGUGUGGGGAGUUAGGUCAUCAUGCUACUGAGUGCAAGAGCAUAGGCCUGGCGUGUUUCAAGCGUGGGAAGAUGGGACAUCUCGUUGAUUACAAGAGUGCAAUUUUGACUUGUUUCAACCGUGGAGAACCCGGUCAUAUCAGUAGCCAAUGUCAGAAGCCAAAAAAAGUUCCAGACGUCGUGCAAGCUAGUGGGAAGGUGUUUUCUCUUAGUGGUAUGGAGGUCUCGAGAUUAGAUAAUUUGAUUCUAGGUACGUGUUUUAUUAAUGGUGUCUCUUUGGUUGAUAUCAUUGAUACGGGUGUGACGCAUUCAAUCAUAUCACCCGACUGUGUGGUCAAGUUGAAUUUGGCGGUGUCUCUUAUGAAGGGAAUUAUGGUCAUUGAUACCCCGAUCAAUGGUUCGGUGACUACUUCAUUGAUUUUUAUGAAUUGUCCUUGA